AUGUCGACGAAAAUGGAUACAGCGCACGACAGGAAGUUGGAUGUUGAGAGUCAAUUGGAUUCAAGGAUGCCCGAGGAAUCGCUUCCAGUGAUUGACCCUGAAAUGGAGAGACGAGUUGUGCGGAAAAUAGAUAAGCAUUUAAUGCCUCUGAUCAUUGGGCUAUCAUAUCUUGACCGCUCGAACAUUGGCAAUGCUAAAAUCGCGGGAAUGGAGGAUGAUUUACAUCUUGAUUCCGACAGCUACGAAUGGCUUCUCACCAUCUUUUACAUUUCAUACAUUGUAUUCGAGCCAUUGGUAUUGAUGUGGAAAGUCUUACCACCACAUAUGUGGGGCGCUAUAACAGUGAUGGGAUGGGCAUUAUCUGCGACAUUGCAAACAGUUGCAUUCAAUUGGUCAGGAAUGAUGGCUGCUAGAUUUUUUCUGGGAGCUUUUGAGGCUUCUUUUGCGCCUGGCAUCACAUUUUUAUUGUCUUUCUUUUAUCUAAGAAAUGAGCUUGGACUUCGAUGCGGAUUUUAUCUAGGGGCAGCUCCUUUAGCAACAUGCUUUGCUGGUGCUCUAGCCUACGGUAUUACUUCUGGUCAUUUUCAUAGCAUUGCAGCUUGGCGUGUGCUGUUCCUAGUUGAAGGCUUGCCGGCCAUUCUUGCUGGUGUUCUUACUUGGUUUCUUAUGCCAGAUAGUCCUGAGAAAGCCAAGUUUUUGACAAAAGAAGAACUACUUGUUGCACAAGCUCGCAAAGUUCGACAAGUAGGUACGGCCGAGUCUGGAAGGCCACACGGGAUACAAUGGCUCGAAGUAAGGGCCGCGCUCCUUGAUAUCAAGAAUUGGACAACGGCAUUGAUGUACUUUUCUUGUAAUGUAUCAUUUGCUUCUCUGCCGGUUUUCUUACCAACCAUUCUUGCUGCGAUGGGCUACUCAAAGGUCAAUGCCCAAGGAUUGUCCGCUCCGCCUUAUUUUCUCGCUUUUCUAGUGGUAAUUCUUACAACGUGGCUCGCGGACAAGUAUUCUCAGCGUGGAUACACUAUCCUUGUACUAUCUCUCAUUGGAGCCGCAGGCUACAUCAUGCUUGCCGUAUCUUCCAGCACGGGAGUGCGGUAUGCUGGAGUAUUUUUGGCAGCUUCGGGUAUUUUCCCGGCUAUUGGGAAUAUCCUCCCAUGGGUAAUGAAUAAUCAGGGCAGUGAAAGUAAAAGAGGAACUGGUAUUGCGAUUUUAAAUGUCGUUGGACAAUGCGGACCUCUCCUGGGGACAAGAUUGUAUCCUAGUAGCGAAGGACCUUACUUUAAGAAAGGAAUGUGGAUUUGCGCUGCAUUUAUGCUCUUUAAUGGAGCAUUGGCGAUGGCCCUACGUUUUCGAAUGGCAUUUGAAAAUCGAAAAUUAGAUGAAAAGUAUGGAGUUCUCGGCGGUAAUGGGGGAGAUGGUAAUCUUGCUAAAAAUUUAAAAUAUGGGGGAAGGGAAAAUGAUGGCCCGGAUUUCAGAUCACGUGGAAGUGCUCUAGGCUCUCGAGGUGACCUUCGUCCUCCAUUGGAUCUCUUGGAUCCUGAGAGUUUGUGGAUUGAUUGA